CGUCUACAUACCGGAAGUUGUGAGGCUCCAUCGAGACCAAGAAGAAGUGAACAAGCGGAAACAAGAACAAGCGGAAGCGGCAUAACAGACGUGCGUAACAACAACGUUAGAUUUCUUUUUUAUGCCAAAUAUGUGAGAGCAUGUACUGAGCUGCCUCCCUGAGCACAAUGGCAACUCAGAGAGUGCUCACACAGAGCAAAGAGACGCUGUUACAGAACUACAACAAAAGACUGAAAGAUGACAUCAGGUCAAUCCUGGACAACUUUACAGAAAUAAUCAAAACAGCAAAGAUUGAAGAAGAGACUCAGGUUUCUCGGGCAACUCAAGCUGAACAAGACCAUUAUGAAAUGCAUGUCAGAGCAGCCAACAUUGUCCGUGCAGGAGAGUCCCUGAUGAAGCUGGUAUCUGACCUGAAGCAGUUCCUAAUCCUCAAUGACUUUCCUUCUGUAAAUGAUGCCAUCAGCCUCCAGAACCAAAAUCUGCGCUCGUUGCAAGAGGAGUGUGACAAGAAGCUAACCUCGCUGCGGGAUGAGAUUGCUGUUGACCUGUAUGAGCUAGAGGAAGAAUAUUACUCCUCCAGGUACAAAUAGGCUUAUAUUUAUCCAUCCCACCAAUCCACUUCUGUCCCAUGCCCAGCACCACGUACUGUCUCACACUUUAACCAUUCAUUGCUCAGCAACCUGCUGACUUCUGUCAGGGUCACCUCUUUAUUAUCAUCAUCAACACAUGGUUCACUGAGUGACUAUACAUUAUUAUUUUAACCUAUUUUUGUUAUGUGAUGUCUGUCCCAUAAACAGGACAGUUUAUACUCUGUUUGGACAUAAGUGGCAGUGGAUGGGUGUAGUUUAACUGUCAAUAUUUUGAAUAGAAAGCACUGUUUUAAUUGUUGUUUUGUUCAUCAUGAAAGAGGCUUAAAACACAUUUUAGUGGACAGUGGUAGUAAACCUGGGACUGUGGUGCAAAUACCAGGAAACAUUGUACAAAGAAAUGCAUGUAAACGGAACACAACUUAUAGAGUUGAAUCAACAAAACAACAUACAGAUUAACAGAUGUUUUGUUUUAAAGUUCAAAACCGACAACAGUUGUUGGUGUUAUUUAUUAAAAGCAAAAUUUUAAAGAAAUUUGUCAAUAUCAUCUUUGUGUAAAACCAAUGAAAUAUUCCUGUCAGUCACACACAAUGUAGCUGAAUGUGUGUAUGAAAUAAUUUAAAGAGUUGUUGUUUUAAAGAUUUAAAGAGUUGUUGUUUUAAAGAUCCCAAAUAAAAUCUAAAAAACGAUAAAUAAAUCAAAGACAAAA